GCCGGUCUCACUGGAUUAAACGCGGUACGAGAGCUUAGAAAAAGGACACCGAAUGCUCGGGUGAAAGUUCUUGAGGCUAGGAGUGAGGUUGGAGGGCGAAUUCGAGCGAAAACAAUGCGGACUGCGGAAGGAAAUGCAUUGUUAGAUACAGGAUCCUAUUUUAUCUCACCAUAUGCUAACGAGUUGAUCGACUUAGCCAAUGAGAUAGGACUUACCAUGUAUACACAGUCUAACUGUGGUACACGGACAUUGAACAUUCGUGGUUAUCGACGAACAAAACGGCAAGCCGGACUUCUCUCCAUCCCUCAUAGUUUUGACGAUGUGCUCUCAUCGCCAGCGAUAAGGAGUUUAGCAACACAAAAUGUCCACAACUAUUUAGCAAAUCAACAUACUAGCCGAGCAGAAACCGACACUGCGAAUCGGCUUCUUCAGAUUCUCUACGAUUCCCCUGAUGUUUCCGUCUCAAUUCUUCAUCUGAUGUUAGCAUCUGGAAGUGAAAAUGGCACUAUGGCUGAUAUGCUGUCGCGCUAUGGACAUGGUCAAAGUCUGCUGAUGCAGGGUGGACUGCAUAGAUUAACAAGGUUAGGAGCAUACUUUACUUUAUACUAUAUAUUAUAG